CCGGAAGGCCCGGCAGGAGCAGCCGGUUAGGGGUUCGUGUCGGCGCUGUGGGUUGGUGCUUGUGUUCUCGUUGCCAUCAUGGGGAAGUCGUUCGCCAACUUCAUGUGCAAGAAAGAUUUCCAUCCCGCCUCCAAGUCCAACAUCAAAAAAGUAUGGAUGGCAGAACAGAAAAUAUCAUACGAUAAGAAGAAACAAGAAGAACUAAUGCAACAAUAUUUGAAAGAACAGGAAUCUUACGAUAAUAGAUUACUUAUGGGUGAUGAGCGUGUCAAGAACGGUCUUAAUUUCAUGUAUGAGGCCCCGCCUGGAGCAAAGAAAGAGGAAACUAAAGAGCAAGACGGAGAGACUGAAUACAAAUUUGAAUGGCAAAAAGUCGCCCCUCGAGAGAAGUAUGCUAAGGAUGAUAUGAAUAUCAGGGAUCAGCCAUUUGGUAUCCAGGUGCGGAACGUGAGAUGCAUUAAAUGCCACAAAUGGGGCCAUGUCAACACCGACCGAGAAUGUCCCUUGUUCGGCCUGUCUGGAAUUAAUGCUAGUUCAGUCUCCAGUGAUGGAUCAGGGCCAUCAAUGCACCCCUCGGAGCUAAUAGCGGAGAUGAGAAACAGUGGGUUUGCACUGAAACAAAAUGUACUGGGGAGAAACUUGACCGCAAAUGAUCCAUCACAGGAAUUUGUUGCAAGUGAAGGAGAUGACGACCCAGAAGUUGAAUUUUUAAAAUCACUGUCAACUAAACAAAAACAGAAACUUCUAAGGAAGUUGGAUCGUCUGGAGAAGAAAAAGAAAAAGAAAGACAAAAAGAAGAAAAAGCAGCAAAAGAAAAAAAGCAAAAGUAAACACAAGAAACAUAAGAUGAGAUCCUCUUCCUCAUCCUCCAGUGAGACUUCAGUAAGCAGCAGUGAUAGCGAGACUGACAGCAGAGAUAAAGCAGCACAAAAGAAGAUGUAUUCUAAGAAAAGAAAAAAAGACAAGUUUUCAGAGGCUAGCAGCAGCAGCGAUUCAGAAGGAAAGGCAAAGAUGAGGAAGGGAAAACUUUAUGAAGAUCUCUCCAGUAGUCACAGUAACAAGGACAAAGAUAGGGAGCAGUACAGACUUUUAAAGCAAGAUAGUUCUGCAGAGAACAACAAACGGAGCUCCUGUGAGGGGGAAAGAAAGUCCAAAAGCACACACCAUAGCACCAUCAAGAGAGAGACUGAAAGAAAGGAGAGGGAUAGUAGAAGCCAAAGCAUGGAUGAGAGGAGCAGGAGAAGCCCUUGCACAAGUCACAGCAGUUCCAGGCAAAGGCGAAGAAGAAAAAGUCUGAGUCAAAGCCCUGGUGAAGAGCAGCAUGGGAAAAAUGAAACCAGAAGCCCCAGCACAGAUGUGCACAGAGAGAAGAAGAAAUGUAGAGAGAGCUAUGGGGACAAGUGCAGUAAAGUGGAAUGCAGAGUAAGGAGCAGACGCAGUAGAAGCAGAAGCAGAGAGAGGAAAAAAAACAGAUAGUAGAGCGGACAGGUGCAAAUAAGAAUGUCUCCAUUUUUUGAUGAAUACCUUUAACAAGGGCUCAAUUACAUAUUGCUGUUCAUUUUCCAAUCUCUGUAACUAGCAUUUCCUACAUGAAGCCAACAGCAUCAUUUCUGUAAUGUUGGAAUAUUUGUAAAUUAGGUAUAAAUGUUAGGGUAUUUUUCAUACUAUAUAAAUAUACUUGCUGGGAAAUACAUCUUCUAUACGUGCAGUAAUUCAUUGACCUGAUUUCAGGAUUUGAAAAUAGAGCAGUAUGUGAUAUUCUUGGUUUUGUCAUGAUGAUUUCUGUUUAGAUGUGACUAUGAGAAGAAGAGGAGAAUAAUUUGGGAAGAGUCCUGGGAUAUGUGAAAUGCUAACAAAUGUCUGAGGGAGUUCUGGAUAAAAUCACCACUUCAUGUAUCAAAACAGUGUAUUGUAGAGGGCUG